CAUUGUAAUAGUUAGAGGAACUACAGAAUAAAAUACACUCACUAUUAAAUAGUAUAUAUACUGUGUAUACAGAAGAAGUAGUACUCAUCUCUUUUAUUUAAGUAAAAGUACCACAGUGUAGAAAUAUUAAAAGUCCUGCAUUUUGAUCAGUUUUGACAUCAAAACAUACUUGAAGUACCAAAAGUAAGUAAGUAAUCAAUUAGCAGUAAAGCCCAGUAUCAUCAUCAUCAUCAUCGUCAUCAUCAUCACUUUUAACAUUCCCAUUAUCCUCCUCACCGUCAUCCACUCAUCAACAAAAUGGCUGUCGGAAAGGUGUCCUCUGCGCAUGCUCGGCGCACCUCUGGCAGGGAGGGCAGGGCAGGUAUCUCUCCGCAGCCUGUUGACUGACACACACUCCCGGCUCACACCACAGCAUGCGGCGGCAGGAGGCGCGAGGAGACAGCGACUGAUCAGAGCCCCGCAGCAUCGCCACCCUCUGCUCGAACCCGGCCUCAGCUCGGAGCAGCCGCGCUGCGCUCGGACCGGAGACUUUGACUGGAGUUUGUGAUUUUCUAUCCGGCCGCAGCAGAGCGACGAACGGCCAGAGACACCGGCCCUCACUCAGGUGAGAGGAAACUUCAUCCGCUUCCAGCUGCAAACAGGCAGGAAUUUGCGCACGGCUUUUACGCACAGGUGGACUCUUUGGAAGAGUCAUGGUUCUCCGGGGGAAGCUGGGAAUCUAAGCUCCCCGAGCCCGAGGAACUGGACCAGCAGGACGCAGAUUUGUUCAUAUCUCCUCCAUCUUCCUCAUCGCUCAGCUCCAGGUGCUUACGAUGUUUCAGCACAGCAAUAACAAGAAAUGCUUCACCAUAGAGUCUCUGGUCGGGAAGGAGGCCAUUAGCCACAGCAGCGGCGGCUCGGGGGAUGAGCCCAUUCGGCCCACGGCGCUCAGGUUCCCGGAGUCCCUGCACCCCGCCGCCGCCGCUGCCGGCGUCUUCGGCUCCUGCUUCCAGGGGAGCAGCGGAAGGACUUUGUACUCGGCCGGGCCGGACUUGGUGCUGCAGGAGCCCGGGACGCACACGCAGAGCCCCGGCGGACUACCACUGCACCCGCUGCAGAUUCCCCCGCAGAGCUUCUUCAGCCCGCAGCACCGUGAGGCGCUCAGCUUCUACCCCUGGGUGCUGCGGAGCCGGUACCUGGGACAUCGCUUCCAAGGAGAGGACAGCAGUCCAGAAAACUUGCUGCUUCACGGUCCAUUCUCCAGGAAACCUAAAAGGAUCCGGACAGCAUUCUCGCCCUCGCAGCUGCUCCGUCUGGAACGAGCCUUCGAGAAGAACCACUAUGUAGUCGGCGCCGAGAGGAAGCAGCUGGCUAGUGGGCUGUGCCUGACUGAGACACAGGUGAAGGUAUGGUUUCAGAACCGCAGGACAAAGCACAAGCGUCAGAAGUUGGAGGAGGAGUCUCCUGAAGCUCAGCAGAAGAGGAAGGGCAAUCAGCAUGUGAACCGCUGGAGAGCAGCCACUCAGCAGCCAGGAGGCGAGGACGUGGACGUCAUCAGUGACGACUAGACUGCAGCCAACACACACAGUCACACACUCAAAAUCGCACACAUUUUCCGACAGUCAUGUUGCUUUGAGUCAAACAUCUCAAUAAGUUUAAAAGUGCGUUCAAACGUUUUUUCACAUGCUUACAUGAAUAAAGGCAAUAAUCAGACACACAGGAAAAGGACAGGCUAAUUGAGCUAAUGUGGCUGACAGGCUCAGUGUUAAAACCCCUCACCGAAGACUUCGGCUUUUUCUUCAUUAAAAUGUUCACACUUAACAGAAAGUAAAGACCAUCAUAAGGAUGAAGUCAGGUGAGGUUUUUUUUGGGUAAAGUUAAAACAAUGAUGGACAAAACUUGAACCUGAACCAAAAUAAUCACUGGUGUAAGUGUAAAUGCUUUUUCUGUGGUAUUCUGCUUAAACAGCAAUGAGGAUCCUGUGGGAUGUUAAACUGUCCCACAGACCUGUGUUGGAAAUGAAUACGUUUAAUAUAGUAAAUAAGACAUAAAAGGUUUGUCACUUUGCGAAAGAGCUGAAUUCCCUGUACAAAAGAAAACAGUGGAACAAACAUGUGCCCAAACAUGUGUAAAAGGCAGACAUUGAACGCAUCAUAAGUCGACAGGAAAACUCAGAAACACAAACUGUAUUUUAUUCUGGCAGAUUUGAGAGCUGGUCAAGACAGAAUUAAAUGUGUAACUGAUGUUUUGAGGGUUGAGUUUUCAGAUUUGGGUUAGCAACUGAGCUGACCCCUGUGCUAGUUGGUAAAUUUCAAAAUAAAAGUUCUUCUGUAACUUCUGUAAGCACAUUUCACUCCUCAAAGCAGACGUCAUACUUGUGUUUCAUGAAGUUGAUUUCAUUUGAAGUAGUACUGAUCUGUUGCCACUUAUACAGAUAAUGUUUUAACAUUUGCUCAGACCGAUGGUCAGCCAGCAGCCCAGUUGCCAGAAUGAAAAUGUUGGCUUUUUUUGCAAACCGUGUGUUUAAAAUUGCAAGGUGAAGAAAUAUGAAGUUUCAGCAUAUCCCUGGUUUGUAGAAACAUACAUUUACAUACAUAACAUUUAUCCUGGCAUUUGGGUUGCAGGUGGAAGUUUUUCUUCUUUAGAUUUGUUUGCUUUUACAUUCUGCUUUGAUUUGCUCUCAAAUCUCCAGUUAAAGUUUGACUAUGGCUCAAAGUUUGUUCUGUGUAACAGACAUAAUAAGGUUCCACUAAACUGGACCCAAACCUUCUUAAUAUAAAAGAUGCCAAGACUUGAACUUAACAUUCAGCAUUUAGACAGUUUACAUCUUUCUUUGCUACGCAGAUUUACAGAUUAUACACACAUCCAUGCAUUGCAGUAAACAUGAAAAACACUCAGACACAAAACACAGAUUGCUGACAACGUACCUUUCUGAGGACUGAUAGAUGUAUUCAUCUAAACAGCAGGGAAUAGUCUCCUGUUAGAGACAAUGCUAAAAAAAAAAAAAAAAAACUCAGCCACGAAAGAGGAGCUUAAAAAUCUAACUUCCUGUUGGAGCUUGUCUGCAAAAAGAGAGAAAUAAACUGGAGUCCAAACGUG